GACAAAAUUAAUUUCUGAAUAAUGGAGGAAAUCUGCCGUGUUUGCCUGGGAAGCUCGGGUAAUUUAGUUAAUAUUUUUAAUGCCAGACGAAAAACAAGACUUUCAAUUGCCGAGAUGAUGGCAGAGUGUACUGGCCUUGAAGUAAGACAAGGUGAUAUAUUUCCGGAAAUGAUAUGUUCACAGUGUUUAGAGGAUGCUAAAAAUGCAUUUUCGAUUAAACAGACCUGCGAGAGAAGCCAUCAGUUCUACUGCCAAGUCCGUGAUGAAGGAUUUGAGGAGGCUGUAUGCGCUUUUCUUGAGGAGGAGGAAUGGGAGUUUUCGAAUGAUGAAGACGACUUUAAUUCCUCCGAAACCGAAGAUUAUGAUGGCAAAAGAGGCAGCAGAGAAGAUUCAUUUGACUCUCGUCAUAAAAAACCGAAAACUCAUUUGAGUGGAGGAUCAUCUUUUGCGUGCGAUAAUUGCCCGAAAAAAUUUAGACAUAGCUGCCUUCUCAAGAGGCACAUGCUCAUACACACUGGAGAACGACCUUAUGAGUGUUCCCACUGCCAGAAGACCUUUGCACAACAAGCUACUCUAUUGUCGCAUGUUCGUACUCACACUGGAGAACGCCCCUUCAAGUGUUCUCAGUGCUCUAAGUCAUUUAUUAAAUCCUCUGACCUUCGGAGACAUAUUCGCACUCACGAGGGCGUACGGCCUCAUAGGUGUACGGAUUGCUCAAAAUCUUUUUCAAGGAAAUCACAUCUCCAGGAUCACAUGCGCUGUCACACAGGCGAAAAGCCGUUUUCCUGUUCCCAUUGUUCAAAGUCCUUUACAGUGAAAGCCGCUCUUCAGUGCCACAUCCGCACCCACACAGGGGAACGACCCUACAAAUGUUCCAAGUGUCUGAAGUCCUUUAGUUUGGCAACCACGCUUAAAUAUCACAUGCAAACUCAUAAAAAAGAAAAGGCAUUUAAAUGCUCUGAGUGCAAAAUGUCUUUUAUCGAAAAAAGGGGUCUUCGCAGACAUAUCCUUACACAUAAGGAGUAGCCAAGUAUAUCUUUUUAUAUUGUUAUUAAUGAUCUUCUUUUUAUUUAAUAAAAUCAGUAAAUACUAUA